GAUAACUGUCACUCCUUGUUUACUCAUUACUGUCGUUGUUGUAUCCUGAAACUCCAAAAUUCUAUUCAAAAAGUUUCUCCAUGAAUAGCAGACUGGUACAUCAAUAGCUCACAUUAAUAUCCCCAACAAAAUGUCUCUUUCGAAACUCACCGGCUUCACAUACUCAAAGUCUCUCAUCUACUUUCUUCUUUUUACUGUAACGUUCUCGAUUUUCGCUUUUUCGCAACAAUCUUUUGUUCUCGGAGGGAGAUUACGGCCCAGAUUUUCACUCGAGUUCAUAGACUUUAGAGAUCAGUUGAUGUGGUUGGGGAAGCAAGUUCAUCUGUGGAGUGUUUUACCAUUAUCUCUUCCUUCCAUGAUGCAGAUUGUAUGUGUGAGGCUUGAGGCUUACAAUUCAUUGUAUAAUAUUGCUACAUACAUUGCAGAAGCAACUCGGAGAUCAAACUGCUGGAACCCUCCUCCCACUUCAGUUUCUUCCGAUAGUGAGGAGGAAAUAUUUGGGAAGAACCUUGUUCUUGAUGCUACUGAAGGUGCUCUUGCGAUUGCUCACAAUUCCUUUGGAGGGACUCUCGAAACUAGAAUCUGGGUAUACACACUUGGUGUCAUGGUAUUUUUUGCAUUACUUAAAUCCUGGGUUGCAAUUAGACAGGAAAGAAAUGAAGAGCAUCGAGUCUGGGCUAUCAGGACUUGGGGGUGGACAGGUUGUAUCUUCACCAUGCGCUUGUUCAUGUUUUUCCUUGCCCGAUUUAUUCUCUCGCCACACACCCGCGAUUUUUAUUCCGUCACCACAUGUUCCAUUCUCCGUGAAUUAUGCACCACUCAUUCGCACCCCAUUGAGCUUAUUUCACGAAAGCAUCCUGCAUGUGAGAAUACAAUGUUGGGGCUAUCAACACAUUCCAGUUCAACUUGGAUACUAUCCGCCAGAACGUAUGACGAUGACGAUCAUUAUGGUAUUUGGAACGUCAGGAUGGCUGGCAAUGGUACUGCAUAUGGUGGCCGUGGAGUGGUGGUUGCACUGGAGUGCUAAUGAGAGCAAGAAAGAUGCCAUGAAGGUGAAGAAAUGACGAAAAAGUGCGCAAUGGAAGUUUAGUAAAUUUGAAGUCUGAUGACACAUCUAUACUUUGAAAAUGAACCUUUUCAUGAUUGACACGAAUAUUCGCUUGCUUGUAGCCAUCUGCCGAUAAGUUCUGCCUUCGG